CCAGACCUCAGUAGUGGAGAGCGGGCAACACAGUUUAGGUCCGGGCAGAGAAGGAAAAUAAAAAGCAAAAAAGAAAAGCAAUGCCAAAGACACAUUAGCCGCCGUUCAGCGCACCGUGACCGCCCAGCGUGACAUCGCUGUGAUGAUCUUGCCUAACGUCAGCGUGAACGGCUGCGCUGGGGUCAACAGCGCUGUGUGUGCCGGAGCCGGGGAAGGGCACCUGGGUGGCGGCUCAGACCGGAUCAACCUCACCCCGACAGGACACCUUGUUGUGGCUGUGUGCCUGGGUUUCAUCGGCACUUUUGGACUUGUGAAUAACCUGCUGGUGCUCGUGCUCUUCUGUCGCUAUAAGAUUUUGCGGUCACCCAUCAACUUGCUCCUGAUCAACAUUUCCAUCAGCGAUCUGCUGGUGUGCGUACUGGGGACUCCGUUCAGCUUCGCGGCCAGCACGCAGGGAAGGUGGCUCAUAGGAGAGAAGGGAUGCGUGUGGUACGGCUUCGCCAACUCCCUCUUUGGCAUCGUGUCCCUCAUCACCCUUGCUGUCCUCUCAUAUGAGCGCUACAGCACCAUGAUGGCCCCCACUGAGGCAGACUCCUCCAACUACCGGAAAAUAUCCCUGGGCAUCAGUGUAUCUUGGGUCUACUCCCUCGUCUGGACCCUGCCACCACUCUUGGGCUGGAGCCACUACGGCCCUGAAGGUCCCGGGACCACAUGCUCUGUCGACUGGACAUCGAAGACAGCGAAUAACAUCUCUUACAUCAUCUGCCUGUUUGUCUUCUGCCUUGCUGUGCCAUUCUUGGUGAUUGUGUUCUGCUAUGGGAAGCUGCUGUGCGCCAUCAGACAGAUGAGCGGGAUCAGUGCUUCGAAGAGCAGGAAAUGUGAACAGCGCGUGUUAUUCAUGGUGGUAAUUAUGGUGAUCUGCUACCUCUUGUGCUGGCUGCCAUACGGGAUCAUGGCCCUGCUGGCCACCUUUGGGCCGCCAGGCCUAGUUACACCUGAGGCGAGCAUCAUCCCCUCAGUCUUGGCCAAGACGAGCACAGUUAUCAACCCAGUGAUUUAUGUCUUCAUGAAUAAGCAGUUUUACAGAUGUUUCCAUACCCUGCUGCAUUGUGAGGCUCCUCGACAAGGCUCCACUUUAAAGAGCUCCUCCAAGGUACCCACCAAAGCACUGAGAGGUGUAGCAGUCACUGCUCCCCGCUGUUCCAAGGACUUCCUAUUUAUGGUAGCCUCUCUUGGACGACCAGAUGCCGCACUGCCCCAACUGGGCCCCUCUGUUGAACCCACCAUUAAUAUCACCAAAGCCCCUUCUUCAGACAUCAACAAGCCAGUCGUAGUAUCACUAGUGGCCCACUUUAAUGGCUGACAAAUGGCUACAAUCAUGAAAUUCCCAGCUUAAAAAAACCCCAUUAAUAAUAAAAAGACGUGGUUUACUUGGGCUUGGAGACCAAGUGAAUUUACUGUAACAUGACUGUUGCAUCAGCUCUGCCCUGGAUAGUAGAGUGGAUGGACCAAUUACAAAUAGAAAUCAUGAAUAGCCUCGGGACAAUAUGAGCAGAAAUCAGAGGCAGUAAACUUGCAGAAGAUGGGAGUCUGUUUUUCUGCAGAGAAAACGUAUACACCUGUCCUGCUAAGAAUGAGCAUUUGAAGAAUGUCACACUUUUUGGAGAAAGCACUGUCAUACUGUGAUAAUAAAAGAGAAACUGUAAGCAACAUUUAUUUUGUGCAGCAUCUAGUGUUUGGAAAGGUGCUUGGUGUGCAAGAAGAGGGAUAAGAUAUAUUUUUGUAUGUAUAGUUUACUGACGGUGCUUACUGUGGGGCUGAAGAACAAGCUAUUACAACAGGAAUUUUAGUCUUUUCUAGAGUACCGAAAGUUGAAAAAAGACAAGAGCAUAGGCAGAAUAAUGACAGUGUACCGGUAUUUUUUAUUCUGGGCCAAUAAUCUAAUAUCAUUCAUCACUCGUCUUUGAAAUGUAGUUGUUGUUUAAUUAACUGCCUUGAUAAGUUUGUUGUACAUGCCAGGGGUAUUUAAGUGUUUUAUUUAUUUUAGGGUUGUUGUUUUUUUUUGCUGUUAGUUUUUUCCCUAAGAAAGGGGGUGCAUUAAAUAAGAAUUUACACACUGUCUGAUAAAGGGGAUUGGUCAUGAUGUCUCUCUGCUAUACCGACCCCCUGCAUGACAGUCUGCUACCUACGGUGCCUCUGUUGUUAUUUCAGCUUCUCUGCAACAUGUUGUCAAAAUAUGGUCUGUAUGGUCUGUUUUUCAAACUGCAAGCAGUCAUUUCAAAAAGCCAGCAAUGGAGGACCUCUCAGCAGCUAAAAGUAAAAAACAGGGUUUGGUUUUUAAGAUGGAGAAGGUUAAGAAGGGUUCAAAUUUGAUACAGAUGUAGUGUUCUUCCUUCUGGGUGCAUUACCAUCUAAAGCUAUUGUGUUUGGUCAUGAUUUUACCUUUGUAUUGCACUGUUACGGUGUAACAUGCAAAUUAACAUGCAAAUCAGAUUUAAAUUUCAGUGAAUACCAUUGAUAAGGUAUAGGGAAAAACUCCUAAAAAUCAAUACCUCUGUUAACCAAGUUUGCAAGAAAUGUACAUAUAGCUGUGUCACUGAACUCCUCAGCUGUACUGGAUGUAGUCUAACCCAAAGUAGAGGUGGUAACAGUAUUUAAAAUGGACGGAGGUCUUAGGCUAGGCACAGGUGAUCUGUGAACAUCCUUGAAACUAGCAGCACAUUUCAGCACCUUGUCCAAGGCCACACAGUCAGUAAGAUGUGGAAAGGUAACCUCAACUCAUAAUUUACACACUACUCAAACUAUUUGGUAGCACAAAAUUCACUGUUUAAACGUCUUGGAGUAAGUCGCAUCAUCUCGAAAAGUGUAGCUUAUUAACAACCAAAGUCAAAUUCUUUUACAAAGUUUAAGGGCAACAAAAUCUGUAAGACGGGCAAGUUUGUUCUGUAUAUAUCGUUUGCCAUGCGCUUGUUGGCAUCUUGUUAAGUUUUUUAUAACCAAUUUGUCACUUUUUCCUUCUUGCAACACAAAAAUAACUGAAGUUUCUGAAAGCAGUGCUUCAGUGCUCUAUUGUCAAUGAAACUAAGCUAUGAGUGGUGUGGUGCUUUUGGCUACUACAUACAAUCACAGUGUGUGCAAUUUUUUUUUUUUGUAAUUCACUUUUAACACACAAACUGUUUUCUAUGUGCUGUCAAGCUCUUGUGUAAGUUAAUGUACAUGAGCUGAUAGCAAAGAUUAAGAAAUGUUCAUAUUUUUUGAUGGGUGCUGCUCAAUAAAGAGUGAUAAA